UAUCAAUAACAGCUUACAUCAUUUCAUCGACGUCAGCAGAUUAUUCAAAAUUAUUUGACAGAUAUGGAAUUGUUGGUGGAAAUGGCCAAUGCACACAGUGUUUAAGCACAUUAAGUUCAUUCACCGUAAACUUUAUGCAAAACGACACAAGAUCACCACUAACCGGUCAACACUACGUCCGACUAUACGCACAAAUAUCGCAAGACGAAGCAUCAUCAAACAGCAAAUUCACUGGUGACCAAUUCGGAUUCAAAUCCACUGCGGACUCUAAUUACGCUUUUCUUAAUGACAAAAUCAAAAAGGUUUGUUCGUCGUCUAAUCCAUGUGAUAGUUCAACUUCAAUUAAAAGCUGUAAACAAAUAUUGAGUGAAUGUGCGAUGGAAUUGAGUUCUAAUAAUUAUAUUAAUAAUUUUUUGGUGCAGUAUUUUCUUGAUUCUUAUUUUGCGUCGCCUCUUUAUACGAAUCUAUGCAUGCAAAGUUCAGUGGGAGAGUUCAACUAUAUCAAUAAAAACCUUUCAAAAAACGAUGCCACACUAUAUAUCCAAGCCUAUGAAUUCCCACUGCAGCCUAAAAUCGAUAUCGCGUACUCCAAUCCCAGCCAUAUCGAUAGAGCAGUAAAAGUUCCGGCAUCGAUUCUGUGCAACGACGACUACAAAAAAGUUUCCAAUAUCUAUAGUGAUGCGCCUUUGCUUUCGGUGGUAGAUAAUUUGAAGAGUAAUUUGACUCUGACUAGUUGUUCGAAUGUUGAUGUUGCUAGUUCGUCAAAAGAAGUUGCGAAUGGUGGAAGUAGUGCUGUCGGAAUCCGUGUUGAAAGAAUUGUUGGCGUUGUUGUAUUGGGAAUUUUGACGUCAUAUGUUUUGCAGUUCUUUUAG